CACGCCGGUUGUUGAGCAGCGAAAACCGUAGAAGAAGACGGACGACUUCCGGGACAGUUAUAAACACAUGGGGUUGAACUCUCUGUAAGUCAGAAGCUGCAGUCAUGACGAGGUGGGCGAGAGCCAACAACAUUCAUAAACACAAACCAGCAGAGGCCACACCAUGGAGUCGACUAAAGGCAGGAGGAGGAGGAGGAAGAGGAGGAGGAGGAGGUCAUCAAGGUGGAUCAGGAGGAUCUCAAGGUGCUAAACAAGGAGACCACCUGAGAGGGACUCAGCCUGGUGGAUCAGCUGUGAAAAAAACAAAUAAGAAGAAGAAGGAAUAUGACAAUGAGGAUGUAAACGGCUUCCUGGAGUAUCUGAAACAGAGUGGACAGCCUCUGCCUAAAGGAGAGGGAGGAGGGAGGUUGGAGGAGGAACGGGAGAUCAGGGAGGAGGUGGAGACGGCUCUGAAGAAGGACAAGAGGAGAGAGGACAGACGGAUGAAGAGGCAGAAAGACAAGAAGAACAAAAUGCUGUGUUUCAACUGCAGGAAACCCGGUCACGGUUUGGCCGACUGUCCCGAGGCCGACAGAGACGAGGAGAUGGGCCGAGGGAUCUGUUACCGCUGCGGCUCUACAGAACACGAGAUCCAGAAAUGUCGAGCUAAAGUUGACCCUGCUCUGGGCGAUUACCCCUAUGCCAAAUGCUUCAUCUGUGGUCAGACGGGACACUUGUCACGGGCCUGCCCGGACAAUCCAAAAGGACUUUAUGCACAAGGAGGCUGCUGUCGUGUUUGUGGUUCAGUGGAACAUUUUCAGAAGGACUGUCCAGAGCACCAGGCUGCAACGAACUCGGUGACCGUUUCCUGGCUGUCCAAUAACAUGAGUGCAGACUACGAGGAAGUCCACAUUCCAGUGAAGAAGGUCAAACCUAAACAGACCAAAGUGGUGACGUUCUGAUUUCAUUCAAACAUCACACUUCUCUCUGGACUUGGAAAAAUGGACUGAUCACUGUUUAAAUACAGAGAAAAAACUCAUCAGACACACAUAGACUCCCUGUGUAAAUUUGAUAAAGAUAUUUUUAAUAAACAAUCAGUUUAUUUAA